AUGUCGAACGCAGUAAACAUCCCAUCAACCAACGAUAAAGCCUCCGCCUCCGAACCGAAUCUAGUUCAAACUGCUGUGGAAUUCGACCCCACCGACUACGCGAACGAUGCCAGCUGGGACAAGUACAAGAAGAAAGGCAAUUGGCUGCGUUGCCUUAUGGAAAUGCCCGACGAAGUCGCGGGACGAGAAUGGCCCAACUAUCUAAACCGCAAUCCGCCAUCAGCGGCAAGCCAGUGGAAAGGAACGCUUGAAGGCAGGUUCUAUCCAUUCCAUUAUCAUCCAUAUCCAGCCAUUGACACUGACCUUCAUCUAGCCGAGCUAGAGGAUUGGUACUGGCACGAAGCCUACUAUGACCCAGAAAUCAACUGCGACUUUUCGGACGACUUCGCAAACUUAGAGAUUAAUAACAGGAUCGAGGCUGCGCUGAAUAAGCUCGGAUUGGAUACCAAGCCGGUGGAAUUUGGUGGCAAGAACAAGUGUUACUCUAUCGAGCACAUGGAUGAGAACGCGGUGGACGAUGAUGGUGAUGACCUCCCGGUAGACAUGCAGACUUACUUCCCUGACGACGACGACGACAAAGAGUAUGGCGCCACUGGAGCUUACUACCGCUUCGCUUUUAAUGCUGAACAAGGAGCGAUCUACGGCCACAACUUCCUCGCCCCCUGGCCCGCCGCCAUGGAUACCUACGCCGAAGGCUUCCCAGCGGACCAACUCCCUCUCCUCCGCCAAGCCUCCGACAUCAUGGCCGCCUUCUGGCUGCGCAACCCCAACCCCAAAAACCUAAAAUACUGGUUCGGCAGCAACAUCAUCAACACCGAAACCGUACCCGUCGUCAACCGGAUUCUCGUAAGCAAGGGCUAUAAAGAGAUACCGGAAUGGCCAGGCGUCCAAGUAGACGAGUCCAGUGAAGAGUAUCUCGCACUCCUAGGCACACCCGUCGGCGCAAAUAAAGCGUUUAUGCUGCUCCAACACAAGGCGGAAUUGGGGCUCAAACAUAUCCCAAGUAUUACGAUUUUCCGGGAUACAAAGGAUCCCAAUCGCCCGGACGAUGCGCCGGCAUACCAGCUUUUGUUUCGGAUUGAAGAUGUACCGCAGGACGAGGUUAUGCCUGAUGAUACGGAGAUUGUGGAUCAGGAGAUGACGGGUUCUGCGUCCCGGAUGAGGAGAAGGCAGAGGAAGGAUAGUUUGGUGGAGCUGGAUUUAGGGAAGAAUGUUGGGAGGUUGCAUAGGGUUAGUAUAGAUGGGCGGGGGGAGACGUUGUUGCAGAGCCAUGAGGUUGAGCGGGAGUUGUGA